AGCGCGAGAGGUUUUGUAGCUGGCUGGAGGCGCCGCGGUUUCUCCGUUUCCCCCCCUUGUUUUGUUUGGGUCGCACCCGGAUCCACGCGUGUUUUGUUUGGGGGGGGGCCGCGCUCCCCGGAUCCACGAGCGUUUUGCUCCAUCCCCCCCUUCCAGGUUGUUUUUUUUUGAAGGGCGCUUUGUUUGGGUCGCGCGCCCGGAUCCACGCGUGUUUCCGGAUCCACGCGUGUUUUUUUUUCUUCCUUUCUUUCGUUCUCUCUCCUGGCUGGCUCGCCAUGGCCAACUCCGGGCUGCAGCUGCUGGGCUUCGUGCUGGCCCUGCUGGGCUGGGUGGCGCUGAUCGCGGCCACCAUCCUGCCUCAGUGGCGCAUGUCGUCCUACGCGGGGGACAAUAUCAUCACCUCCGUGGCGGUCUACCAGGGGCUGUGGAUGUCCUGCGCCUGGCAGAGCACGGGGCAGAUCCAGUGCAAAGCCUACGACUCCAUCCUCAACCUCAACUCUGCUCUCCAGGCCACGCGGGCGCUCAUGGUGGUCUCCAUCGUGAUGGGCGUCGUGGGCAUUGGCGUCGCCUCCAUGGGCAUGAAGUGCACCCGCUGCGGGGGGGACAACAAGGUGCAGAAGGCGCGAAUCGCCAUGACCGGGGGGCUCGUCUUCGUGGUGGGAGGUUUAGCGGCGCUGAUCGCCUGUUCCUGGUACGGAAACCAGAUCGUGCAAGAUUUCUACAAUGUCACGGUACCUAUGAACGCCAAGUAUGAAUUUGGAUCGGCGAUCUUCAUCGGCUGGGCUGGGUCGGCCCUGGUGCUGCUGGGCGGGGGUCUCCUGUCCUGCUCCUGCCCUGGGAAAUCGGGGUACAACCAGCAGUACCCCAAAAGCAAAGCCGCUUCCCGGCCCCCCACCAACAAGGAAUACGUCUAGCGCCCUGAUCGGAGGCCAGCUCUGCGGCCCGGACCCCUUUCUGCCGUCAAUAUCCCGGCGCCUGCGAAGGGGGUUAACCCCUUGCAUUGGGGGGGUACCCCCACUUAGGAAUAUCGGGGUGCUCCCGAACUCCACACGGAUGUUUUUAAAAGCAUCCAUGCCCAUUGCGAUUUGGUUUCUACCUUCCCACGUUUUUUGGGGUAUAGGGAGGAUUUUUGGGGGUGCCAUGUGCUUGGGGGAGGGUUAACUGAGUAAGGGGGUACCCCUAAAUUCUGUUCAGAGUAGCUGAUUGCGGGGGGAGAGGGUGGGUUUUCAUUUUAUAAGUGGGGGAGGGUUUUUUAAGAGCACCCCAAAACCGGAUAUACCCGUCUAAAGGAUUUCUUAUGGGGUGUGUGUAUUCUGCCGGACGUUGGAGAAAUCAGCUCAGAGAUUUUCUUCCUUUUUAGCUGGGGUUAAACCCCUAUAUAACUGACCCCAUCUGUCUCUGAAGAGGGGGAGAUCCCCGCCCUGAAAUCUUACAAUCUGCCCUUAAAAUGCACCCCCCCCUUUAAGAAUCUCGCCCCAUAAUCGCUAUGGUGGAAUUGUAUUUUAUUUUUUAUUUUUAUUGUGAGCAGGAGUUUAAUUGGAGGGGUGGGGGGGAAUGACCAAUGUCGUUAUUUAAAAAGCACUCCCGCUCGUUAGGGGGUUUUUAACGAAUGAUCUGUGCGUGGCUGGGAUUCGUGUGGUCUUUGUCCUCUUUUGUACAGAAAUUAAAACCUGUGUGUUUUGGAAAGAC